UUUGGAUAUUCAUACUUUCUAUAGUGUGGCUGGUUCUCAUCCCGUUGAAGGACUGUUCCCCUGAAAGAGUUCUCUGUCAGCUGAAUCUGUAUUACCAAAGAAUGCUGAGUCGCAACAUGAAGAUGCUAUCUCUCUCCUGUCUGCUCUUCAGGUGUAUCUACUUCAUUGGUCUCACUGUGUUUUCUUCUAUCACAGCCGCUGAGACCUACACCUUUCUGAAUGCGCGACGCCUUAUGGAGUAUGACAAUAGGAAGAUUGUAGAGUCAGAAAUACACACCUUCACAGUUAGGAGCAUGAUCGACUGUACUCGUGCAUGUUCGGAAGAGACGUACUGCACAAGUUUUCAAUUCUUCUCCGGCGGGCCAACCUGUGUCACUCUCAGCGAACGUUUCAGAGGAGUCACUGCGAAGACGAUUGCUGCCCCUGGGUAUCAGCUCUUCCAAACUGACAAACCUUUGCCAAGGUUUGGUUCUGGCUGUGAAUUGGACGUGGAUUGCAAAACGCUUCUCAACUCUCGUUGUCACCAAGGUGCCUGUAGUUGUGACAUUGGGUACAACCUUCGUGGUAACACAUGUCGCAAUGUCAAAGGUAUACUCAACUGUUUAGCAGGUUUUGCUUGUUGA